AUGGACAACCAUCUGCCAUUUGGGUAUACGCACAGACAGAAGCGCUCGCAUGACCAAAUGGAGGGCAAUGCAGGGCCAGCCUGGAGCUUUGAGAACCUCACCCCCUUUACCCACCUUGGGGUGCCCCGCGAGCAUUCGCUACCACGACAUCACGAACCCUCACACGCCAACCGCCGCGAGUCUUCGCCGCAGCCAGACUACUACUCUGCCUCAGGGCAUCGAGCGAGAACACCUGACGCUGUUAUGCGAAUACUACACUCUGGUUCAAGAGGGCCAACAGCACAAGCCGACGAUCGACCGCCUCCUGCUGGCGCUGCACACCCAAGUGUUGGGGGGCGGCACCUUCCACAUCCAGAACAACCCACGCAAGAUAUGGCAUCCGGACAAGUGCCACGGUUUGAAGGCGACGGCUUCGAUAUGAGAAGGCCUGUGGGCUGGCAGAGUCGAGCUGAGGGGCAAGACAGGGCUGGGGAGCGACACCUGGUCGAGAUCAGCGAUGGCGAGGACGAUGAGCCCAUAGUAUUGGAUGAGGACGGGGAUGACAUCGCGGCAUACAAUGCUCAUUUGGAGCUUGACGACGACGACGACGACGACGACGGCGACAUUGUCGACCUGACCGAGGACGACGCCCCGGAGUAUCACUGGCAACCCCGAAACGACCGACCAGCGUACAACGAACAUAGAGCCCAAUCACAACCGCAUGGUGCAGGACGCCUGCCAAAUAACGAUAUUCCUCGUCUGCCAAGAGGCAUGGCCGGCAUCAUCAACCUGGAUAACGGAGAAGAAGCAUGGGCUGUGGACGACGAGCCAGUCAUUCUCGAGCCGUCAUCUCCAGAGAUUCAGUUUGUCUCAGCACGGCGGCUCGAUCCACCACACCACCUACCACCUCCGCCUCGCCGGAACGACUCAGACGGGGACGACGUUCAAUUCGUCCGAGAACAACCGCUUUCAGAGCAUGAGAGGCGGGCACGACAACACGCUGCGCAACACGCAGAAUUAGACCGAGUCAUAGCAGUGCUUGGGAAUCAUCACAACCACCACCACCAUUUUCUACAUCUGCGCGAGGAGAUCGACCGUGCCAAUGCCCAUAUUCAGCGCGCGUCGGACAACAUGCGUCGCGGCGGGCCCGUACCUCCACCCCGUCUUCGUCGCGCCGGUCAUAUCCGAAUAGGCGUCGCAGGCGGAGGUGCUGGACUGUUCGUCGCACCCAAUCUGAAUUUCGGCGUGGUUGGUUUCGACAUGGGUUAUGAUGGGAAUCGAGCGGAGCCGCCACCGCCAACAUAUGAGGCGCCUCCGCCGGCACCAGAAGGGUUCAUAAGAAGCCCGGAAGAAAACGACGUGCUUGUUUGUCCCAACUGCGACAGUGAGCUGUGCAAGGGGGACGAUGACAUCAAGAAGCAGGUGUGGAUAGCGAAGCAGUGCGGUCAUAUCUACUGCGGCGAAUGCACAGCGAAUCGAUCGAUUAAGCGCAGCGCAAAGGGCAAAGAGAAGCAACCAGCCCUGAUGACAAGGCCCUUCAAAGAAUGUGUCGUCGAGGGUUGCGGCAAGAAAGUCUCAAGCUCGAAGGCAAUGUUCCAAGUCUACAUAUCGUAG